AUGAAAGACGGUGAAACACUGACAGCAAACUUCACCAACGGACAUCUUCAGGUCAUCCCUCAAAACUCUGAAAAUGUAAAUGUUACCAAACUGAUGAUUGAAGGGAACCUAAUUACUCUGAAUGACACGGACAAGCAAGCACUAGCUAGCUAUCCCAGCCUGGUAGAGCUUCACUUGGAUGCUAACUGGAUCACUGCUAUUCCAGCCAAAUACUUCUCUGUGGUACCAAACCUCAGAGUGCUGUCUCUCGCCAGAAACAACAUCAGCAGCCUUGACCCUCAGGCUUUCAGUGGCCUGGAUGUCUUGACAGAGUUGGACCUGACCCACAACUUGCUAACAAGCCUCCCUGCACAGCUGAUCAGUGGGCUGAACAAGUUACAGGUACUGAACCUACAGGGAAACCCUUGGAAUUGUUCCUGUCCACUGCUGACCAUCAUUGGACAGAUCGAUGCAGCAAAUGUUACCAUGGGAGGACCACAGGUCAUCUGUGCAUCUCCAGCAGAGCAGGCUGGACGAGAUCUUCUUAAUGCUACAGCACUGUGCUCCACAUUAUUACCCACCAUCACUCCAGACCCUCAGAAACCAAAAACACCAGUCCACCCUCAACAGACGUCGGGCCCAUCAGUUAUUAUGACGACCACACAAUCAACCAGUCAGAACGACAGCAUCAGCAAAGACCCGACACCUGCGCUCGGCAACACGUGGAAAUUCACAGCAUCCGUCGCAAUCUUGGCAGUAACGACCUCCAUGCUCAUCGUAUGUGCCGUCAAGGGGCCGUCCUGGUACAAGCUCUUCCACAACUACAGGCAUCGGCAGUUACAACAAGAAGUCGAGGAGGACGACGAGGAUUUUGUGUCAACAGAGUUCUCAGCGACGGGAAGACACCCGACCCAUCAAACAUUCAGCUUUGAACAAAUGAACAGACAGAUAGAGGAGGAGCAGGAGGAGCAGGAGUACUUUGAGGAUCCAUAUAUCAGGAGAGAAGAGUGA